CUAUCAUUAUUUAGGGAUACUCUCAUACAAUCAACGUCAAAACACCAACUUGACGUCUAGUUUUCUAGUUGAUUUACUGUUAAAUUUUACACGUAAAAUUUAUAAAACAAAAGCAAUAUAUUUUAUUUAAAAUACGUAUAAAAUCAACAAAAAAAACUUUAAAACAACAAAACCAAGCAAUGUUUAUUUUAAUCGCUGUUCGUUAAAGAGCCAACCACAAAAAGAUGAAAGUGAGGAUGAAGCUAAAGAUUAAUACGAAAGGAUGAUGGUCAGUGGGUAGCUAGAUUGGCUUUGUACGGCGUAAAAGACCCACAGAGAUUUUUGUUCGAAUUUUUUUGUUUAUCGUUAUUAAUUCUAGCAGGACAAGGAGAGAGAGAGGCAAAGAAACUAUUUUUAGGAACACUUAUCUGAGAGCCCUUUAUUUAUCUUUUAUAAAUAAAAUAUUUUGUUAUAAAUAUUUACCUAACGUUCGUUACUCAGUUUCAUAUUUCAAUAUCAAUUAUUUUGAGUUACGAAUUAUGAAUACAUAUUAAAUUUACCAAUAUUGCAAGUUUUCGAGAGUUAGGCUUAAUAGCAGAUAAAACAUAAAAUUCAUUCACUCUAAUUGCUUUAUGGGAAUUUUCAUAACUUAACCAACCACAACUUCCUGCUUAUGAACUAUCAGCGUUAUAACCAAAAAAAAAACCAAAUAUGAUAAACAAAUUUUGAAAUAUGAAGAAAACAAUUAAACCAAAAUGCGUUUCAAAAGUACGAGUGGCUGGCUAGAAUCCAGAUCUUUUUCUGUGAAGAAUCUUUGAAGCGGAAGCUUCACUUUUCGGUCAUUCGCUACCUGGUGGUAUUGGUGGUGUACAGCUACAAUGGGGUAAGCAAGCCGCAGAUCUGCUAGUUUGUCAUAUUCAAUCACAGUACAUACAACCAUUAGUACCUGGGCGGAUCGAAGAUAGAGGAGAAGCAUCACUUUAUACUAUGUACUAAAUACACAAAACAUACACGAAACCAAUUCAAUAUGGAACAAGUUGUUAAAUGCGAAUGCGAAUGCGAAUAUAAUCUUUACUUCAGUAUAAAUUAAGUUAUAUUGCAAGAAAAAAUUCUGAAAACUUUUUUAACCCAGUCAGAAAUAUUAACAAACAAAAAAACUGUUUUAUACAACAUAUCGAUGAUGAUGAUACUGAUGACAAAAUCUUGGAAUAAAGGAAAGGCGAGUCGUCUUGUCUUGGAAAAGAAACCCACUUUUGAAUCUGAGUAUUACUUAGGGGAACGCAACGGAAGGGAACUGAGGGGAAUGAAUGGUUACCUCUUCGAGACGUGAGUCAGCUGUGACAGCGACCAAAGCGAGUGAACAAACAAAGCCAAGCGAGAAACUCACCUCACUUCUCCACUUGGAUUUUGAUGGCUGUGGAUUUCGACUUUGCUCGACCAGUUUUUAGCUGAGUUUCAACGUGGGCAGUUUUCUCCAAAACGCACGCACGCGCAAUACAAUGUGAUAGUCUGCAACGACUGAAAAUAUACCCACAUAAUAAUAAACUUUUGAGGCCCUGGAAGGACAAAUGGCUCAUACCAUUGGCCCACAAUUGGGAGCGGUAAGAGCAUUGCUAUUCGCCAUCACACUUUUCUGGAUUGCAUCACCCAGAGGCGCCGAUGCCCAGCAUCUGGUUGCGUACAUAUCGCAGCGUGGUCUUCAUGGGGAGAUUACGUUUCGGCAGAUGAACGCCACGAUGGUGGAGAUUAAGGCCAGUCUUGAGGCCACUCUUCAGUACCCGGUUCAGGUUUGGAGCUGGGCAGUAAGGCGCUUUGCGGUGGACUACUCGAUCAUUGAUCCUGAGGAGCGCUGCAAACUCGAUCGCUUGGGAGCGCAGGUGAUGAGCUUCGACGAGGAUCUGGAGUACCUGGUGCUGCCCGGGAACGAAACUUCUACAUGGAAACGAAAUAUGCGGCUAAUCGGUGACUUGGGAAUCUGGGGUAAGUCUCUGGUACUCACGGAGGUGGAUAAGGAUGUACGUGUCUGUGCCACGAUCACCACAAUCCAGAACUCCGUGGAGCACAUGGCCGAGGCACGAUUUAAUACGCCUGUGGCCGGAUCUGUUCACUUCCGCUGGUUGGCCCCGGCUGAGGGCGCUAACGGUGACACACUGAUAUAUUCCGACUUGUACCACAUCAAAGAGCAGCCAGUGGAUCUGGAGGGAAGCGAUAAGCGAUCCUUCACCGAGCACCACUGGAAGAUCUUCGUGACGGAUAUCUUCAGGCACGACCACCAUCGCACCGAGGACAAUUGCAACUUCCUGGAGCUGGUCUUUGACCCACAGGGCAGUGGACCCGGUCAAGGCAUCGGUGACCUGGACAUGCGCCUGGGCAGGAUUGGAGUGGCCAACAAUGCGUUGAAGAUACCCAAGCGCAGCUCCUUCCGCGAUGCCCAGCUUGCUCUUCUGCCCUCUGACCUUACGAUCCCCCACCGCACGCUUUACCUUGUUAUCUUCGACAAUCAGCACCCGGACACCUAUUUGGCUUGCACCAAAAUCCGGCAUGUCCAGCCACUCAUUUACAAGACCUUCAUAAACUCGGGAGGUGUCAAGGGUGAGGUGACUUUCACUCAACGCUCCAAGUUCGAUCCUACAUUCCUCAACUUCACCUUGGGCGCACCUUUGUCGCAACAUGUCAGCCGCAAGUUUGCCGAAGAUGUGGCUGCCUUCCGCCUUCACAGUAUGCCGCCCGUCCCACAUCGCAUUGGAAAGGAGGACUUUUGCCUGACCACUGGGAACAUGCACAACCCGCGCGACCUCCAGGAGAAGGUGCCCCCACCUGGCUACGGCACACAGGAGCAAUAUGCGGUUGGAGACCUCUCCGGAAAAUUGCAGGGCCGCAAUAAGGCAUAUUGGCAUCAGUAUGUGCUGCCCGGAACCAGCUCUGAGCUGAGCGGCCUCUACUGGGACGUCUUCUUACCGCUUCAAGGUCGCUACAGCAUAGCCCAGAGAAGUUUGGUGGUCUACACAUUCAACCGCACGGAUGUGCAGAACAUCACGAAAAGCAUCUGGGGCUGCUCCUCCCUUAGCCAGUACCUGCGAAAUGGGAUAUACCAGCAGCCGAUGUUUACAGCUCAGGUCCUGUUCCGUUAUCCGGUGGUGGGACGAGUCAUCUUCCGACAGCCCGCCGAACAGCCUUGGCAGGACACCACCGUGCUGAUUGAGUAUCUCAUCCAGGCGGAUGGGUCAACGCAAAACACCACAUUCGACCAUCGCUGGGCCAUCCACAGUAGUGCCCCAGGAAAGGACUUCUACGAUUGGCAGCAGCGUUGCCUCUCGGCCGGUGGCGUCCACAACCCGUUCAAAGUGGACUGGGGUAACCGCAGCGCUGACGACUUCUGUGAGCCCCAACUGCCUGCCAUGUGCCGAAUGGGAGCCUUGGACGCUAGGCUUGGAAGGUUGACCAUUGCCGGAAGGAGGCGGACAGCACAGAAGUAUAGCCGCCGCAUGUUUGUUGACGGGAAUCUGCCGCUUUCUGGUAGACACAGCAUUCUGGGAAAGUCGUUGGUCAUCUACGAGGACCAUGGGCCGAAGGCCCGGGGCGAGAGGCUUGCGUGUUCCGCCGUAAUAGGACACUUCCGCAGAAAAGUGGUGGCUAAGGAUUGGUAUGCCAACGGGGAUGAGCUGACAGUGAGUGGGAGGGUGGAGAUCACGCAGCAGUCGGAGUACGAUGUAAGCAAUGUAGAUGUGCAACUUAAGGGCCUGAAAAAAAACGGCGGGUAUCACAUACACAAGACUCCUGUUGAGGCCAAUUUGGCCUUUCCAUGCGAGGCUUCGACUCUCUAUGGACACUGGAAUCCAUUCGAGGUGAACGCUAAGUCGUCGCCUCCCCCUAGGCAGGGAACGAGCGAUCAGUACGAGCUGGGUGACUUGAGCGGAAAGUUCGGCGGACUCAACGGACUCACCCAGUACGAGGAUUCCUACAACGAUACGAACCUGCCGCUCUUUGGGUACAACAGUAUAAUCGGACGAUCGGUGGUCAUUCACAAGCAUGAGAGAAAUGCUCGAUGGGCCUGCAGUACUUUAGAACGUGGUUAUAGUCCAAGCGAGGCACGAGAACUCCGAGCCAUAGCAUCGUUUCACCAUCCCACUGGCUACGCCUACGGAUAUGUUAAGAUGACGCAAUUGAUCCACAACGAUGGCAGCCAAUCGGAGACAGUGAUUGAGAUCAAGCUGCGACACCCCGGCAAGAACGAUCGGAACUCCACUCGCAACCACAACUGGCAAAUUUUCGUAAACCCCGUGGGAGUGGACGCCGCCGUCAAGCCAACCAGCACACGCUGUGUAGCCGGAGGGUAUGUGUGGAAUCCGUUUUAUACGCAGCUGGCAGAUCCACUGAAUCUUGAUCUCUACGAACAGGAAUGUGCUCCGGACAAUCCCCUUCGAUGCUAUGUUGGCGAUGUGGGGGCCCGCAUGGGCACAAUAGAUCUGGGCGGGGAGCGAGUGGUUUUCACCGACGCAAACUUUCCCCUAGAGGCGCCAGUGGGGGCUAUUGGUCGGUCAAUUGUCAUCUUUGGACCUGAUCAUUCACAUGAACGAUUCGCCUGUGCCAAUAUAGAGCCAGACCACAACGUCAUCAAGUAUAUCAACCUGCAGAAGCCACCGCGCUUUGUGGUGGCACAAUUCCUGGAGGAGCUGCGUUCUGUGAUGGGAAUCCCUGAAUGGAUGUUGGACGUGGACGCGCGUAAGACGAAGGAGCUGCAUGGUGGCGCAUGCAUCCAGAUGAUUAUUCACUUCAAGGGUCCCCUCGCCCACCGGUUGGAGAUGGACAUGUCCCGUCUCAUAGCUGCUGGUCGACUGGAUGCCCCCAGUCUAUUCAUUCCCGGCUACGUUAAUCAAAAGCGCAAGCCGACUAUCUCCUACCGUACCUGCGGGGUGAGGGAUACCAAUGAAAAGCGUACCAAAAGUUUCAAGGGCCGAUUCUCGUCUUCUAGUUUUGCACCCAUUGAACCAAAGCCUUUUGUAAUAGCCAUCAUAGUCAUCAGCCCAAUAAUUAUAUUCCUGUAAAUACUGCUCCUAAGUUAAAGUAUAAGUAAAGAUGGAAUCCUUUUAGCAACAGUUUGUCAAAU